AAUGCUUACAGAUUUUUAUAAAAUAGAGACACCAGAGAAAGACUGAGAACUAAGAAACAGGACACUGGGAGUCAGAAAAAAGGAGAUAAAGUAAGAUGAUAUUGAAUCAAACCUCAAGAACUUAAAAGUGACGGUCUGUGACGCAUUAUGGAGGCAGGAGAGGACUCUGAUUGUCAUGAAAAUUGUCCAGCUCUUCCAGAGAUAAAGGCCAUUAUAGUCGGCAGUAAAGCAGAGUACAAAUGCAGUGCAGCUAAAACCAUUUUUGGCCAGAAUGACUGUAAAGUGGGUAAAGAGAUAGUUAAGAGUGAGAUUAGGCAGGGGACAGUUCAAAACAGGUCUGUCACUUUGGUAAUGACACCAGGAUGGUGGAGGAGCUUCACACUGGCAGAGAGUGCUAAGUUUUUAAAGAUGGAGAUUGUGCACAGCUUAAAACUGUGUCCUGAUCCACAUGCCUUUCUUCUUGUCAUCAAUCUACACAAACCAUUUACAGUCAUGCACCUAAACAGUGUGGUGGAGAACAUGGAGAUUUUUGGUGAGCAGAUCUGGAACCACACCAUCGUUCUGGUCAUGUAUGAAAACAAAGAGCAGAGAAAUUAA